UCAGCAUUCACCCCAGUUUACUUCUACGUUUUCUCCUACCAAGGCGUCUUGGGUACCACUUCAAACAGAACCAUGCCCGGUGUUGGACACGCUGAGGAACUACGAUAUCUGUUCAAAGGCAACGAAACCAACAUUAAUGCAUCAGACCAAAGAACUAUUCAGAGGAUGACCACUAUGUGGACGAAUUUUGCUAAAUAUGGGACGCCAACUCCAAAAGAGGACUCACUGUUUGAUAAUGUGAUUUGGGAACCUGCAAGAGCGUCAAACGCUUCAUCAGAUCUCAAGUACUUGAACAUUGGAGUUAGCUUAGCACUUGGAGUUAAUCCAAAUGAAAAAGAUGUACGUUUCUAUCAAGAUUUGUAUAAUAAGUUCGGAAAUCCUCCUUAUACUACAUACUAGAUUGUAUAAUUUGAAUAAAGUUUGCAAAAAUAUAUUAAGUUUUAAC